GAAGUUGGUAAACCAGAUCGACGGGCGCACCAUGGGUACUCCGCAGUCAAAUUUGCUCUGCGAGUGUGGUUUCAAAUUUAAGUAUUGAUUUUUCUGCAUUAAUAUUUUAAGGUAUAAUUUUUAAUUCGAUACCCCGACUGAAAAGGAGAAUGAAAAUUACGACCUACAUCAUUCAUAGGACAUUAGGAGGCACAACGAACAGGAUCUGUGUUCACUGUAUAGCGGUCGAGUUUGUAAUCAUAGUCAUGGAAUUGAAUUAAAAUGGGAGAAGCUAUCCUUUAUACCAUUGUACUCCUUAAUCAACUAAUAUCUCCUUUGGCUAAAGACAUAACAUACGGAAGGGAUGUUCAUGCUUUGGGUCUUGAGAGUGGAUUGAUUCCUGAUUCUAGCCUUACAGCAUCCAGUGAAUGGAACGCUGAUCAUUCAGCAAGAAGAGCAAGAUUAAAUCUUUUAAGAGUUAAUCUAUUGCGUGGAGCCUGGUCAGCAAAAGAAAAUAAACUCGGCGAGUGGAUACAGGUUGAUCUUUCAGUUACAUAUCUGAUCGUUGGAGUAGCAAUCCAGGGUCGGGAUGAUAUUGACCAGUGGGUAACUAGCUUCAAGGUUAAUUGCAGUCUUGACGGAGUUUCUUUUGAUACAGUUCAAGACCCCAACACCAACCCAGCUUCUGAAAAAGUGUUCACAGGUAAUAGCGACCGUUACACAGUGGUUAACAACACCUUACCCGUUCCACAGGUGUGUCGAUACGUACGUCUUGUACCUCAGACGUGGCAUCAGCAUAUCAGUCUACGAAUGGAAAUAUAUGGUUUAAUUCCUAGUGGCUUUCAGCGAUCCACUGUUUUCAGACUUAUUUCAAAUGACCAGAUUCUCACUGAUACACACGCAUCAUAUCAAUCCGUGACGUCACUCAUUAGAUGUGGUCAACUUUGUCUUCAAGAUAAAUCGUGCAACUGUUUUACAUACAUCCACCACAAUAGGGCAUGCUUUCUGGGACAACGAUCUACCACAAAUGCACGCAAUGGGGCGUCAACUUACGUCAUAUAGAUUUUUUUUUUAUUUAAUUAAUAUGCCAAAUACAAUUAUUUUUCCUUGAAAAUAUGAAAUACUUAGGAUUUCAGGAAAUGAUUUAAGAGAAAAGUGGGGACAGGCAAUCAUCAUCCCUCCUAUUACAUAUUCCUGACGGCGUGAAUCAGGAGCAGGGAAAAGGGGCACAUUUUUUUUCGAAAGGGGCACUAUCUUAAUACUAAGAAAAAAAGUGACUUAUUUUAAGUGGCGUAAUGAGCCAAAAAUUUUGAGGCGGCUAGAUAUGUCGUAUCAGGUUAAAUUUAUAAGAAGUUGCGAGCGAGGGAAGUGAGCGAGCAAAAAUGUUGACAUUUCUAAACGAAAAUCAAAUUUUGCGAUAGAUUUUGACAUAAUAUUCAGAAAAAUUCUUUCACACAUCUCUCUUUCUUUUUCUUUCCUUUCUCUUUUCUUUCUUGGUUGUGUAAAAAUUGGGGGAGGGGGCAAGAGUUGGGUACGCAACUGCUUAUUUACCCCACCCCACUCACAUGACUCGUGAAACUUAAGGCAUGUAUGAUUUUCCUUCAUAAGUAGUAACAUAUCACAAUUAGAAUAUUGUUUUUCUUGUUCUAAAGGGGAACUCAUUAACACAUAAAAUGGGUCCUUCUCAGGUAAAAAAUGGUACAGAACACAUUCGUGAGGGGCACUUUCUUGUGUAAAAAAAGGUACUAAUACGAGAAAGGGCGCCUAUUGGAAGGCAAAAGGACAUUUGCUAACGGCAUAAAACGGGUCAUUCUCAGGUAUGAUAGGGGCACAAAAUAAGUUCGUAAGGGGCACUUUUCAUGUGUAAAAAGGGGCUAUUAUCCGAGAAAGGGCACUUACAAAAAGGCAGCGGGGCAGUUGCUCACACAUAAAACGGGUCCUUCUUAGGUGAAAGGGGCACAGAACACGUUCGUGAGGGGGCAUUUUUCUAGCGUAAAAAGGGCACUUUUCAGUGCACUGUGCCCCUCGCCCCCAAGGAUCACAGCCUCUGGCGUGCAUAAUGUUAACUGUUUUCAUAAAAUAUUGCUAAAAUCUGAAAUUCAAUAAUCUCGUUAUUUGCUAUCAGAUUUUGAUGAAAUUAUCAUUUUGCUCGGCGAAUUUCACUCAAUUUAUUUAGAUAUAAUACUUUCAGCCCGAAAUACCCCCUUUAAUGACAGUCACCAAAACUCACCAAGGUAUUUGAUAAAAUGUACGCAUUAUUAAGUCGAAAACCCCCCUCUUCCUGAUUCACAUGAUUCACAUGCAUGUGAAAGUGUCAUGGUGGACAUGAUGAAGAAAUUUGGUGAUUCGUGCCUUGUAAUUAGAGGUUAUGUGUUUUAAUGCGUUACAGGAUGGGGAAAUGGGAUCUCAUCCGGCAUGUAUUUUGAACCAUCUUUCACAACAACACUUGGAAUUACAACCUUGAUAUUGGACAGGUUUACAAUAAAGGAGAAAUAGCAAAAUAUCUGUAUAAACAUGAUGAAUGACUGUAAAAUAUAGAGGAUAACUUUUGGUGUAGCUUUGUAAAAAUUUAUUGAAAAUAAAUGAAAAAAAAUAAACU